CAAAGGUAAAUAAGUAGACGUCCACAAAAAUAAAAUUUCAGUGUAUCGUGUACUUUCAUUGGUUCUGUUGUAACCUGAUUAUUUUGGGGUGCAAUUUAAUUUUUAAAAUUCUAUUUUGGGAAGAUUUAAUUUUAACCAUACAGAAAACUUAAAAGCUACAAAGAUGAAUUCAGCAAUAAACUUGGGGGUGGAAGAUAUGACUUCCACCAUCGUGCAGUAUGGACUGUAUUUGACAGCAUUAUUUCAGAUAGUUUGUCUGGCAGCAGUGGUUUUUGUUCAGGAUGAAUCUCAGGAGAAUUUUUAUCAUGAUAGUGAGGCCGAAGACGAUGGGGAACAUAGUUCAGAGCACAGCACUCCUCAGACUUCUCCAAGACGUCCAAUUCAUCACAGGAUUAGAAAACAGGAGAAAAAGAAGAGGCGAUAAACUUUUUUAACAAUUUUAAAAAUAAUUUGUGGGAAUCUUAAUACCUACAUUGCAUGUGAUUUUAUUUAAAAUAAUGAAAAUUUAUUUUACUUAUCUCUUAAAAUUGGAA